GUGCACAUUACGAACACGUCGCGAAAAGUAUCGGCUUCGACGCCAACGCCACUAUCGCUUUAUCUUUCCACACCUUCGAAUAUUCAAACAUCAGAGCAAAGCGUGCACACUCGACCACCGGUGAUUAACUGUGUAUUUAAUAACGAUAGGAAUUUUCAGUUUUAAAAGUUUCGCUUUAAAAUUCACAAAGUUCAUAGUUAAUUCAAAAUGAAUACAAAAGUGGUGUUUUCAAUAUUUUUGACGCUUGUCAUAAUUUUGGCCGAUUUGUGUACAUCGAUCGAGUCCCGUAAAGUGAUAUUCUACAAUGGCCAACAUACGGUACAGAAAAGUCAAUUGCUUUCCACACAAAUAAUGUCGAAGCCAUGUCCAGUCGGUAGAAUGCGAGAUCAUCGUAAUCGUUGUAGGCGAGCCAUUAUAUUUAGUAGAAAACCGAAAUAGCAAAAGGGCGUCUCGUACACUCACUGUUGAGUUAUUUAUCAGCGAGUGAUUUCGUAUCGAAUUCUUCGAACAGCCGUUGUUUAAUGGUUUUGCCUCUUUGGGGACCUGAUAAACCAAUGGGGAAGACUUUUAUCAGCUGUAGUAUUGCAGCUUUAUUGUAAUAAUGUUUUAUUACUUUUGCAUAUAUACAUAUAUAUAUAUAUAUAUAUAUUUAUAAGUUCACGCAUUGUACAAUAAUUUUAUCAAUUUUAUUACAAAUUAUGAAAAAUAAAAAACUUCCUGCGUACGUUAGACUUUGCGUGUAUGUGUGUGUGCGAGUAGUCGACUGUAUUUAUCGGUGUGAAUGUUGAGAACUAAGCUUAGUAAGUAAGUGGUAAACACUAAGACACUAAACCUAUUAUUAUUAGCUGCACGAUUUCGUUUAUGUAAAUAUAA